UUCUUUCAAACACACACACUCAUACACACACUUCGCUCUACAUCCCUCACACACAAAUGCCAGCACACUCACACAAACGCGAUCCAGUAACCACAGCUCCAUCAGUCCAACCCGCUCGCUAGUGGCUGCCUUCGCCGACACGCAGAGCUGUGGCAGGAGCUCCUGCUGGCUCUGUAGCACAAAGCAGAGGUGAAGGGGAAUCCGGGGACUCAAUUUGGGAGGCAAGAGAUAAUUCCGCGACAUUGCUGGGAGGAGCAGAGAACGGUGAGGGAAGGUGAGUGAAUGCACUUCGGUCCAGCUGCUGCUGCUGCUGCGGGAAGAGGAGGAGGAAGACGAAGCCCAGCAUCUGGAGAAGCUGGAGGACCAGCACUGUAACAUCAUCCUGCACAGACUCGGAGGAGACGGCCAGCGGAGACCAGGGUACCUCCAGGCUCAGAUGUGGAGGGAGAGCCGGUCAACUUGUACUCCUGGGUGUCUGGCCCAGUGAUUCGACCCCAGACAGGAAACAAAGGAAGAGGAAGAAAGGAUGGCCACGAGGGCGAGCCUGGGUCAGGAUGUAGGCUGGCUGGUGCCUUUCCUUUUCUUGUUACUAAUGAUCACAGUGUCACCUGCCCAAAGCCAAGGAUGUCCCCAGCGCUGUGAGUGCAUUGCUAAGCUCAAGACUGUGUCUUGUUAUGGUAAACGCUUGUCUGCACUGCCCGAUGGAAUCCCACUGGACACCAAGAUCCUGGACUUGAGUGGGAAUAAACUGCGUUGGGUAGAACACGGAGACCUGCUUCCAUAUUCACGUCUCGAAAAGCUAGACCUGAGUGAGAACAUGAUCAGUGUCCUGGAACCAAAUGCUUUUUCUAGCCUUCAGAACCUUAAGUCGCUUUCACUGAGAGGUAACCAACUGAAGCUGGUCCCUAUGGGAGCUUUCUCACGUCUCUCCAACCUAACUUCAUUGGACCUUAGUGGGAAUAAGAUUGUAAUUCUUUUGGACUUCACUUUCCAAGACUUGAGAAGUUUAAAGAACUUGGAGGUCGGCGACAAUGAUUUAGUUUAUAUCUCUAACAAGGCCUUUCUGGGUUUGGUGGGACUGAAGGAGCUGACAAUUGAGAGGUGUAACCUGACUUCGGUGUCCAGUCAGUCUUUGUCUUACCUGCAUAACUUGGUGACUCUGCGGCUCCGCUACCUCAGUAUCUCUGCCUUAGAGGACCAAAACUUCCGGAAGCUGGGAAACCUGAGGGGCCUGGAGAUCGAUCACUGGCCCUUUUUGGAGUACAUCUCUCCUCACAGCCUGCAGGGUCUCAACUUGUCCUGGCUGUCUAUCACACACACCAACAUCACCUCUGUGCCCACCUCUGCCCUGCGUAGUUUGGCUCACCUCACCAGCCUCAACCUAUCUUACAACCCCAUCACUGUGUUGGAGUCCUGGGCAUUGCGGGAUCUCGUAAGGCUGAAGGAGCUGCAUCUAGUCAAAACCAACCUGGCAGUAGUGCAGCCCUAUGCGCUCGGUGGUCUAAGGCAAAUCCGCCUUCUUAACCUUUCCUCUAACAGCCUGGUGACCCUGGAGGAGGGAGCCUUUCAGUCUGUCAACACUCUGGAGACGCUGCGUUUGGAUGGAAACCCUCUGGCCUGCGACUGCCGCUUGCUUUGGAUCCUUCAGCGCAGGAAGACCCUGAACUUUGAUGGUGCCUCCCCGGUGUGUAUGACACCUGUUGAAGUGCAAGGACGUGCUCUCAAUGCUUUCUCUGAUUCAGCUCUCUUUGACCACUUUACUUGUCAAAAGCCCAAAAUCCGCAACCGGAAACUGCAGCAGAUAUCUGCCCGCGAGGGACAGGUAGUGUCAUUUAUUUGCAGAGCAGAAGGUGAACCCACACCGGUGAUAUUCUGGAUUUCUCCUCAGCGCCGCCGCAUCACCACAAAGAGCAGCGGCCGCCUUACCGUGUUACCAGAAGGCACGCUAGAAAUCCGCUAUGCCCAGGUCACAGAUAGUGGGACGUACAUUUGCAUAGCCAGCAAUGCCGGUGGAAAUGACACAUAUUUUGCCACACUUACAGUGAGUGGGCUGCCGCUGGAUGCAGCCCUCAUGGCCAACCGCACCUACUAUGCUGGGGAUCUUAAUGACACAAAUCUGAAUGAUACCAGAGUCUUCUUGAAGUUUACUCUGGACCUCAAGACGAUCCUCAUAUCUACAGCCAUGGGCUGUAUCAUGUUUCUGGGGGUAGUCCUUUUCUGUUUCAUUCUGCUGUUUGUGUGGAGUCGAGGGCGAGGGCAGCACAAAAACAACUUCUCUGUAGAAUAUUCUUUUAGAAAAGUGGACGGGCCUGCAGCCAGUGGAGGACAAGGUGGAGCACGGAAGUUCAACAUGAAAAUGAUUUGAUAUGUUUUAGUGUUCUCUCCUCAGUGCUGAUUAUAAGCACACAUCAAAGUGGACUGCUGUGCUUGAAGAGCAUCAACGUCAAAUCUUUGCGAGACCUUGAUAUAUUUCUAUAGCUCUUUCUUGUGUAUUCACAUUAUUGUGCAGAGAAAAGCUAUAUUAUCAUCGAAUAUGUUUUAAACUCUUGAACAGACUUUUAAAAGACCAAUCGGCAAAGUCCCAUCUACACUAUCUUCAUGCUCCGACCAGCUCAGUUCGAGGAAUUCUCCCCCGUUUAUCUCAAAAAGAAUACACCCUUCUCCUCCGUCUGCUCUGUCUACAAACCGGUGAAUACAUAAUAUUAGGGUGGUGCUCAAUAAAUGCCAAGGACAUGCCAAUAUGUAUUUUAGUAGUUCCAGCUAUAUACUGCAUAUUUAGACUUAUUCACAGUCAUAAGUUGAGCGCAACAAUAUAUUCGCUCUGCUUGAAGACAUUUUGCUGAUGGUGGGUUCGUACAGAAUAUAUUACACUUAGAAUACACUCUGCAACACUGCCAAUUCGACCGGAAAGCACCAAGUAAUAUCACUGUCAGUCCAAAGGGACGGCAAAAAGAAGUUUCACAUCAAUAGUUACGGCUGGAAGUUGUUUAAAAUAACAUUCUACAGAUUUUUAGCUACAGUGGGGCCUGGUGCACAGUAAUGUGGUGACAAAUCAGCACAUGCCAAUACACGUUUGCUAGUCAGAUUUCCCAUUGUUGUUCAGUAAAGAACUACAGCUUCCUCCUAAUCUGCAAACAUGUGUAUAAAAUGAAAUGCAUGUACAGAGUUGGCUUCUUACUUUGAAUAACUUGUAUUAUUUGUAAAGGAAACACUCAUAGGGGUGCAUAAGAUGUAUUAUAUAUUUUGUAAUUACUGACCUUGAAGUUCUUGUGGUCGUUUAUAGUACUGUUGAGUGAUUAAUAAGGUUUUAAUGUUAUGCUGUUAUUAAAGUGUUAAAGUCCUAUUCGGAAUGACUCAUAACAGUUCAGUUAGAAGCGUUUUUAUUUUUAUUUCGUUUCGACUGAAACACAACCCACUCCCUGAGCUCACUGACUCAGCAAAUCAUGAAGGGCAUUUGCAUCAAGUUUCACUUCGUUUACCUAUUUGUAGCUGUACAAAUAACACGAAGGCUUGUCUGACCUGUGGCUGAAGAAACUCUAAUUGCGUUUGAGGCAUUCAGUGUGAAUGUUUUUUAAAAACAAUCUUUGCAAAACUCUAAAUGACACCAGCCAAAGUCAUUUGAGGAAAGCUUCAUGAUACAAUCAACAACAAAAAGCUGCAUGAUAACUGUGACUAACAUUGAUGCCUAGAUGCUGAUAACAGAGGUCACCCGCAUGCCGUUCUGCUCUCAAGCUCUAUCUCAUGAUCUGUGGGUUUAGGGCUGGGACCCAAUGUCAUUAUCACAAACCAUUUAUUUCUGUUUGGCUUUGACUGCUGAUUUCUAACAGUGUUGUUCUGCUGCCCUCUGUUGACUAAGACGAGUAUUGUACUUUUCACUAUUUCUAUAGUGCAAGCAGGGUUUUACUUAAUAUUAAGUAAUUUUUUUCAAUUUCUCAAAAGGCAAAUGUGGAAUUCAGCAAUGGUCGACCUAAAUCAGCGCUGGAAUUAAAAAUGAAUUUAUUGUUGCUCAACAGUAUACCCUGCCUCUUCAAACACACAAAACUGAGUCCCGUGUUUCAACAACAUAGACACCGCACAACUAAUUUUUCAGUUAUUAAUACUGAACUUUGAAUACAUCCGUGGACCGAUCUCAAAUCAGUUAGCCUUCCUGUUUGUAUUUUUCAAUAUGUAAACACUUUGGUUUCAGUUGUAAUUUUCUUUUCCUCCCCCCGAUCCCUCCUGUAAAUAUGGAAACCAUUGUGUAUGGAAAUUGUGCUAUACUGUUUUGUACUGUACUGUUUUAUAAAUAAUGAAGUCCACUGUUUAUAAAGCAUGUGAUAUUAUCUGCUA